CUCCAAAAAACGAUCCAGGCCCCCCCACCCCCCCUGUCAAGGCAAGGGUCCAGAGAAGCUGAGGCUGCAGGGGGACAGCAGUGUAUGUACAGUCAGCCUGGGUUUCGGGGACUGUGGCCAGAGAAGCAGCAGUGAACAAGGUGAAGGAGAGAGCACAGUGGAGGUUUGAACUAAUUGGACAGCUUCCUGCGAUGUGGGCUGAACUGUAAGGGUGAGUGGUGAACAGUGGGAAAGCCAUGCAGAUAGUGGAGGACAUUUCCAUGAUACCUGCCAUGUUGCAAACUAAUGUAGGGAACAAGAACACCAUGGGGGGAGUGCCCCCCAAACAGAAUGUUGGUGGGACUGGGGCUCGUAAUGCGGCAGGGGAUGGGGACUACCAGUUGGUGCAGCAUGAGGUCUUGUGCUCCAUGAAGAACACUUAUGAGGUGCUGGAGUUCCUAGGUCGUGGCACCUUCGGACAGGUGGUGAAGUGUUGGAAGCGAGGCACAGGGGAGGUUGUGGCUAUCAAGAUCUUAAAGAACCACCCAUCGUAUGCAAGGCAGGGUCAGAUUGAGGUGGGCAUCCUUGCCCGUCUGAGUGGGGAGAACGCUGAUGAGCACAACCUGGUGCGGGCAUUCGAGUGCUUCCAGCACCGCAGCCACACUUGCCUGGUGUUUGAAAUGCUGGAGCAAAACCUCUAUGACUUUCUCAAGCAGAACAAGUUCAGCCCGCUGCCAUUGAAGGUGAUCAGACCGGUCUUACAGCAGGUGGCCACUGCGCUGAAGAAGCUCAAGAACUUGGGCCUGAUCCACGCUGACCUGAAGCCGGAGAACAUUAUGCUGGUGGACCCGGUGCGACAGCCUUACCGGGUGAAAGUGAUCGACUUUGGCUCGGCCAGCCACGUGUCCAAAGCCGUGUGCUCCACGUACCUGCAGUCACGCUACUACAGGGCUCCAGAGAUCAUCCUGGGCCUGCCGUUCUGUGAGGCCAUCGACAUGUGGUCCCUGGGCUGUGUCAUCGCCGAGCUCUUCCUGGGCUGGCCCCUCUACCCAGGAGCACUGGAGUAUGACCAGAUUCGCUACAUAUCUCAGACACAAGGGUUGCCGGGGGAGCAACUGCUGAACGUGGGGACCAAGACUUCCCGCUUCUUCUGCAAAGAGUCUGACUCGCCUUAUGCUCCCUGGAGACUGAAGCUGACAGGGGAACAUGAAACUGAGACUGGGAUGAAAUCCAAAGAGGCCAGGAAGUACAUCUUUAGCAGUCUAGAUGACAUGGCACAUGUGAAUCUGGUGCUGAACAUGAAGGGCGGUGACUCGUUGGCGGAGAAGGCCGACCGGAGGGAGUAUGUGGGCCUGCUGAAGACCAUGUUGCUAAUUGAUGCUGAGAAGAGGAUUGCUCCCUCCGAUGCCCUCAACCAUCCCUUUGUCACCAUGCAGCACCUCCUCGACUUCCCCCACAGCAAUCAUGUUCAAUCAUGUUUCCAGAUCAUGGAUGCCUGUCAAUCACGGCCCAACACGUACAACACACUCAACCGCAACAAAGCCCUGUUCCCCAGACCCUCAACCAACCCAGCUGGACUGCCGAUGGCCUUCAGUAAGAUGGGAUCAGUUCGCUCUCAGGCUUUGACGCAAUCUGCUCCCUCUGUGAUGCAUCCUGGGAUGCUGCAGACAGGAACAUGUCAGUUUGGGUGUAAUGAUUCCUUUCAGCCAGGCCUCAUCCUCUGCCCCCCAGCCAUGCAAGGUAACCCAAACCAGCCAGGAUAUACAGUUAGGAUGGAAAACACAAUACCGAUGGUGACCCAAGCCCCUCCCGUACAGCCUUUACCAAUGCGACCUGGAGUCAUAGCACAGCAACCGUGGUCAAGUAGAAACCAGCAGAUCCUAGUACCAGCCUGGCAGCAAGUGGCUCCCCCUCCCACCACUAUGGCUUCUGAUACUGCGGGUGGCCCACAGAGGCUCAGUGACUGGGGGAAAGUCCAGCAACACAGCAACCAUUACAGCAACAUGAUGCAGCCUCUUCUAACCAACCAAAUUGCCAUGUCUGGUCCACAACCAAUCAACAUCGGCAUUGCACACGUGGUGUGGCCACAGCCGCACGCCAACAAUAGGAACCGGCCCAGUCAGAGCCGCAGCAUGCACUACUCCCACAACAAUGGCAACAUCCAAAUCUCAAUGUGCCGCUCUCCAAAGAUGUCCGACCGUGUUAGUCACACAGGAGGAGGAGGAGAUGGUUCCCGCGGGGAGAGGCCCGAGGUGGAGGUUCAGCAGGAAAGACGACAUGAGGAGGAGGUGAGCUGCAGUAAGGCAGUGGAGGAUGAGAGGAUAGACAUGUCCCACCAGCAGCGAGAGUCUGUGGUCAUCGACGACCUGCCCAGCCCCACCCUCAGCGUCAUCAGCAGUGACACGGACGGAGAGGAGGGUUCCUCUUGCAGGUUCAAAGGCAGCCCUGACUGCGAGGCGUGUAAGAGCUCUCUGAACAUGGAGCGGGUGUGUUCCCUCAGCAGCCCAGACAGCACCCUGAGCACCAGCUCCUCUGCCUCGGUGCAGUCCAGCCCGUCCCCCUGCAAGAGGCCCAACAGCAUGUCUGAGGACGAUGGUCAUGAGAGUGGCUGCGAGACGGUAGACGGUUCCCCUGCCUCGGACUCCAGCCGGAGCCAGAGCCCCUACCUGGAGAGCCGCUACCUAGGCAACCACAGCCAUCAAUCUUUGAGCAUGAGGACAAGUGGCAUGGCCCCCCAGAAGGAGCCCAGCAAUCCCCCUGUGAGAACCAUGGUGGUGCCACCUAUGAAGGUGCUGCGGAACAACAACAACAUGGACCUGCACACAGACAGAACAGUCUUCGAAUCCUCAUGCCAGUCCAAAAGGCGCUGUGCCCCUGGACGACUGAACCACCACUCCACCCACCACCACCCCCGGCAGCAACAGAAGAUGACCACAUUCCAGCAGCAGCCCCUGGGCUUCGGCCAGCCUCAGGUCCAGCAAUACAGCUCCUGCCACAAGGAAUGGAAUGGAAAUUAUGGGCUGCAUCGGCGGCCGCACGCUUACAUCCCUCCCACGAUACAUGGCCACGCUUUCACCCCCACCCACAACUCGGGGCCUCACCCCCAGGCCACCCUGCUCUCCUAUCCUCCCUCUGCACCCGUCGCCCACCACCUCCUGGCCUCGCCCUGCGCCCAGCGGCCCGUCCUACAACCCGCUUACGGCAUCUCCCACCCUGGCAGCAUUGUCCACCAGGUGACCAUGGGCAUCAACCACCGGCUGCUGCCCUCACCCACCAUCCACCACCAGGGCCAGUUUGGGCCCCUCUUUCCCCCACACUCCUACAUCGCCUCGCCAGCCUAUACAGGCUUCCCCCUCAGCCCCACCAAACUCAACCAGUACCCUUACCUCUGAGCACCAGCCACCCAGGGCCAUAGGCCAGCAAGGGCAGCCAGAAGUGACAACGUUAACCAAGGCCUUCAUCCGUCAUCUCUCAAGUUAUGACAGAGAAAGAACCCCCCCCCCCCCCCCCCCCCUCCCCAGGCUUCAACAAAUCAUGUUGGUUGAUGAUGAUGAUAGGAUUUAAACCUUAAGCUGAGAAGAAAGAAAAAAUAAUGAAUCAAUAAUUAAGAAAUUCUCACUUAAUGGGUUUUUGCACUUUUGCUCUACAGUGUCAUUUGGAGUGUAAGUCUCACAGUACAGUCUCACAGUACAGUCUCACGAUACACAUUACAGUCUCACAGUACAGUCUCACGAUACACAUUACAGUCUCACAGUACAGUCUCACGGUAGACAUUGUUCUCCCUAAUAAUCUCAGCCCUGUUUCUAUAUUGCCUUCUACCUAGCAUGUGUGCUAGUCACAUCACUCGUUAAGCCAUCCCAGUCUCCAGUGCUAGGACAGUAGAUGUGUCUCCGUUGGUUCUUUGUGGUGGAAAGGUGUUCCCUAAUGACAUAGGUGUUUUCAGUGUGUACCGUCAGUGGUCUGAAAAGGUUGUUCCACACGCUGCAUGCCUUCGCAUGGGAAAGAUAACUUAGUGGAGUUGUUGACAGUUCGAUGUCACUCCUAUGUGUACUGUGAGACUUACUACACCAUAGCCUGUUCCCACACCUACUAGUGCCUUCAAUAUCUGAGGUUGUUAAUGUUACUUCUGGCGUUUAUAGAUAUAUCAUGUACUGGACUGCAGCACUUGAAUAUCUGAUUAUUUUCACUCAUGCUUUUGCCUAUCAGAUAAGUCAUUCUUAUUUGGGCUCAUUGUAUUUUGGGGGUAAAGAUUCACUAUGCAGAAAUCACUCUGCCAUUUCCUGGUUGCAAAAAUUCAAAUGGUUUGCCAAAUUUCAGUUUGUGACAAAACAAGCAAGUAGAGUAGAGAAUCAUUGUACCAUCUAAACCGCUGUGAAAUAUAUUUUCCAUAACCAAAAUAUUGUAUUUUCAGCUGUUUGAAACUGGUGUACAAAAACUAAACUUAAGAACGGGAAGCAUAGAAAUACCGUACAUAGAACAUAGCUACUGAUUCUUAGACUUGCUUUCAAUGAGAAUGACAGAUCUAGAAAACAUAUUUCUAUAUAUGUGAAUUUGGUCCGGUAGCCCAAAAAGAUACAUUGCAGCUUUAAGCUUAUUUUAUGCUUUUGAAGCAAAUGUUUAUUUGGUUUUGGACUUUUCCCGAAUGAACUAAUGUACAAACAAAAGGUGAACGAUUUAAUAUUUGAUCAUCAAUUUCUAAUCACUAAGUACUUAAUUACUAACAGUAUUGACACUGUUUAUUGGAACUGCAAUACAAUCUACAUAGCCGCUGGUUUUCUGCGUUAUUGUAUUUACAGUCUUUUUCUUAGCGUAAUACCGAUGUGGGGCAUGGCAUUGACUAUAAACAAACAUGCAAGUAGUUGGUUGAUUCUUUGUAUGAUCUCAUAUCUUCAGAAAAACUGUAGUGUUUUGAUAUACUGUCUGUUAACCUAGUGUAUCAUUGCUGGACUAUGUAGUGCUUGACAAGGUGUAUUGGUUAAGUGCAAUUUCCGCAUUAGACAAAACUUAUACUUUAUUUUACUGUUCCAUUUGUUGAGGUUUGUUAAUGUGUCAACUGCUUAUUUUAUACAUUCUGUCAGGGAGGAAAUAUAUUUUGUGUGAGUUGUUUUUAAUUGCUAGUGUGUGAAUUAGGUUUUUGUCUUUUCUUACUUACAAAUGAAAAUGCUUUUUCAGCACCAAAGACUGUAAUUCAUCCCAAGCAAGGUAGCUACUCUUUCUUUUCCCAUUGUCUUCAAGUAUACUGUAGUCAUGAAGAUGGAAUAUAUUGAGAAAAAAUAUAUUUUAAAAAGGUUUGUUUUAAGCAUUUUGGGCAAGUUAUAUCAUAUAUCUUGAAUGCAUCAUAGAUGAGCUGCUAUGUACUGAUUACCACUUCAAAAUAGCUGUGAAUUUAGGGGAUUAUCUUAGUUCUUACUAUGCAUUCUUACUUUUGUAUAGUUCUAAUUACCAUAUACUAGAAGUGGGUUUUAUUUGAGUAUAGAGUAUAGUGAAUGGCAUGAAGACUUGUUAGUGCCUCUGUAUAUUUGCUUUGAUGUUUGAAGUGUGAUUGGAACUACUGUAUUACAAGUAAUGAAAUUAAGUGUUUUUUGUUUUGUUUGUAACACAUAGCAUCAGUAUUUAAUAUUUUUAAUCAUAGGUUGGGUUCAUCAUUGCAUACAGUAGUUGUGUUGACAAUUUUAGUUAUUGAUCUGUUAACAUCCUGAAAAGCCUAAAGAUUAUUCACAUUAUUGAUUGACAGUUCUAUAUUACCAUGCAGAUUUAUUUACUGCACCGCCUCUAUUUGGUCCUCACAUUUACAUUGGCUUGUAGAGAUGCCUUCACAUGUGUAAUAUUUGUUAUGAAACACAUCAGUAAGCACUUCAAUAAACUCAUCAGGUUUGGGUUGUGGCAAAAUCCCACACAGUUUUCAUGAAAUUGCUGCGGUCAAUGAAGUGUUUGACUAAUAUGAUUUUUCUAGCCGUCUAUUUUAAUUAAGCCUAUGAAUUAUUAUUUUUGUAUCUAAAGUGAAUUGUGAUAGAUUUUCUACAGAUUAUUCUUAUCUAUUCAUAAUGGAUCGAUUUGAGGCAGAUGGGGGUGAAUUAUUAAACAUUUUUCUGUCAUAACUCAUUAAUCCAAACAAGGGUAACUGUCAAAUGAUGACAGAUUAUAUUUUCUAAUCUUGCUCGCCCUUUUGUAGUCUUUAAAUACAUUGUGGGACUGUGAAAGAUUGAAUAUGUUUACUCACUAGCCCCCCAGCUCCAGACACACAAAUAGCAUUUUUCUCACUCUGACAAGUGUCUACAACUAGUGCCUUUUCAAAUUGUGGUCAAGAGAAGAAAUGUUGGUUGCUAACUCCAUGGCCCCUAGCCAGUACCCUCUCCUGCAGAGGCAAGUGUGGCAGAGUCAAAUGUGGAUGCUCCUCAACAGAGCCGAGUAUUUCCCACCGGAGUGGUAGGAUGUUAGGUUUAUGCAGCCAGUUUUAUCAGGACUUCUGCAGCCUGUUCAAAUCCUCAUGUUUCGCACAUUUGCUAUGAAGUGAGAAAGCACUCUGCUUUUGGACUCAAGUGUACAGUUUAGUAGAGCUGACAAACACAAUGCAUUCUUCUUUCUGAGGAGCUCUUCUGGGUGCUGGCUGUUAUCUUCAGAUCACUCAAUCCCAAUGCUCAACCCUAACCAUAUGGUCUGAAUCUAUAUAGCUUUUCUACAGAACAUAAAAAGACAAUUAUUCUUAGUCAGGGAAUAUUUUAUACACUUAAAACACUCAACACAGUUUUGUCUCUUAUUGAACACGCACAAAUGCAAAGCUUUACAUACACUGUGAAUGUAUUUGUGGAGUUGACUUUUGGGGUGGUUUGCAGACAUGACAAUGUUUUUGUUGCAUUUUUUGAUGGCUACAGAUAUUUCUAUUCUGUAUAUGAUAAACAUCCAUAUAGCAGCAUCCGUUUUGAUUGAUCACUUGUUGGUAUUUGCGUUAACAACCCACAUACACACAGAUUAGGUCCAAAGUUGUCACUUUUUAACAGUCUAUACUGCAACUAAUGUAUUAUGUUAUGUCAUGCUAUUAUAAUUAAUUCAGGGUAUUUGUAUUGUCCAAUAUGCUACUGCAUUAAUCUUCAAUCCUUUCCACUUGGUUUGAUUGCUUUGGAUCUUGUUUGCAGUUAUUUCACAUGUUAGUAUAAGUUGUAUUACACUUCAAGUGAUUGGGUAAUACACGUAGUAAACAACACAGCAUAUAGACUAUUGCUAAAUUGGAAGUGUUACCGUUUUAUGUGUAGUUUCUGUGGCUUUAUUUUAAUGUGCUUUUUGAUUUUAUGCUACACUAGUUUGCCAUGUAGCAACUGCACUGUGCAAUAUAAUAUGAGAACUGGGAAAAUGUAUUAUUUUGGAUGUAAUGUCUCUUACAGUGUGCGGUCGUAUUUCUCUCUAGUUCUCAGUGAUUUCAAUGUGACCAAGCCUUAUUUACUUUGUCACAAAAAGCGGGUUUUCCUAGUGACUGUUGGAGUGUCAAAUUUAAGAAUUGAUGGUGUACUAUUGUAAAAAUUCACUUUGAAUAAAAAAAUAUUGCUUCA